AUGUCUAUAGUUUUGGUGAACAACUUCCGAAAUAUUAUAUGGAACUGGAUUGGAUAUCAUGCAUCAUUGGAUGAAUAUAUUGCCAUUGCUAAAGAGAAGCAUGGAUACAAUAUGGAGCAGGCCCUUGGGAUGCUGUUUUGGCACAAGCACAACAUUGAGAAGUCUUUGGCAGAUCUGCCAAACUUUACUCCGUUCCCAGAUGAGUGGACAGUGGAAGACAAGGUCUUGUUUGAACAGGCCUUCAGUUUCCAUGGGAAAACCUUUCACAGGAUCCAACAGAUGCUUCCUGACAAAUCAAUAGCCAGCCUGGUGAAAUUUUACUACUCCUGGAAGAAGACAAGGACUAAAACUAGCGUGAUGGACCGUCAUGCUCGUAAACAAAAAAGGGAACGUGAGGAAAGUGAGGAUGAAAUGGAGGAAGCAAAUGGAAAUAACCCUAUUGAUAUUGAAGUUGAACAAAACAAAGAGAGCAAAAAGGAGGUGCCGCCCACUGAGACAGUUCCUCAGGUGAAGAAGGAGAAGCACAGUACACAAGCCAAGAACAGAGCAAAGAGGAAACCUCCCAAAGGAAUGUUCCUUUCACAAGAAGAUGUGGAGGCCGUUUCUGCCAACGCAACAGCUGCUACCACUGUACUCAGACAACUGGACAUGGAAUUAGUCUCAAUCAAACGACAGAUUCAGAAUAUCAAACAGACAAACAGCGCACUCAAAGAAAAACUUGAAGGUGGUAUAGAACAAUACAGACUUCCAGAGGUCGUUCAGAAAUUUAAUGCACGUUGGACCACAGAUGAGCAGCUUCUUGCUGUGCAAGCAAUCAGGAAAUAUGGACGAGACUUUCAGGCAAUCUCUGAUGUGAUUGGAAACAAAUCUGUGGUGCAAGUGAAAAACUUUUUUGUAAAUUAUCGACGUCGUUUCAACAUAGAUGAAGUUCUACAGGAGUGGGAGGCAGAGCACGGCAAAGAGGAGACAAAUGGAACCAAUAGCCAGAAGCCUGUAAAAUCCCCUGAUAAUUCCACUAAAAUGUCUGAAGAGGAAGAUGAGGCUACUUCUGUUCUUGAUGUCAGAUAUGCAUCUGCUUCGUGAGAAGGUGCUGUAGCCUAGAACAAUUUGUGUUGACUACUGUGUUAUCCAGGAUAUCAGGUAUUAGCAAACCUCAGACAGCCAUCUGCAUCAUAUCUGUGGACAAGCAGCUAUUACCAAAAAAAGGCAAACGCUUCCAGUCCUGUGCUACAUCUGCCUUAAUCUCCCCUCAUUCCUCCAUACUGCCUCCACUUUCUUUCAAAAGCGCCCAGGUAGCUCAGCUCUCCAUUUCAUCAACGUCCUGCUUAAGCAUGGGGAUUUCUAGAACCAGUAACACCUGUCUGUAAAUUUUGACCAACCUGCAAAACAAGGAGCUCCUUAGCAGCCCCACAGUAACUCUACACAUUAGGAGUUCUUAUAAUACUUGGUCCGUAGGGUAUAUGUACGUAUUGCUGCAUGGCCUUGUGGUCUCCGCUUCCUGUGUAUUCUUACGAUGACACUAUUAUUAGCGAGCUUUCUAUAAAGGAGAGGCCUGUGCACAUGCCAGUGGUGUCAGGUUUGUUCUGAAAUGACAGGGCAUGUUAACA